AUGCUAAUGGGUACUUAUUCUAUUCCCCAUUGCAGAAGGUUCCUGUGCGUGUGCUGGCUGCCAGCCUUCGCUCUCUCAGAGCUGACCUUUCCCCAGCCGGGGGGCCCCCCGGAGGGCCCCCGGGGGGCCCCCCGGCGCUGCGCUGCGGGGCUGCGGGGCAGCUGCUGCCGCUGCUUGGCGCUGACCACUAGAGAUGGGGGGGCCUCUUUGUGGCUGCUGAAGGAGAAAGAGGGGCCCCUGCCUGAGCGCCUCUGCCUCGCAGCAGACUUAAGUGCCCUCUGGCGCCUCGAGAUCUCCCAAGGCCUUUUGGGGGGCCCCCCAUAUGUGUACUUCUGGCACUGGGACCCAAACCAGGGGCCCCUCGAGGGGCCCCUGGGGGGUACCCCAGGGGGGCCCCCAGGGGAGGGGCCCCCAGGUGGAGGCCCCUCCUCUGCUAGGCGCUCUUCUUUAGCAGGGUCUUCUGGGGGGGCCCUUGGAAGUACCCUUGGGGGCCCCUGUGGAGGGGUUUCGGCGGCGGCUGCUCGAGGGGCCCCUGGGGGGCCCCCUGGGGGGGCCCCCCUAGAGGUACCCUGGGGGCCCCCGAGGGGUCAAAUGAGUGGUGAACGUUUUGAGCUGUUUCGAAGUGGCCUUCCGAUGGUUUUAGAUGAACCUCUUGUUGCUUCUGCUGCUGAUUCAAUUUGCUUCCCUUGGAGGCCUGAGGAGCAGCAAAAAGGCUUCAUCGCCGUUUUCCUGGCCAGCGGGUCGCAGCUGCGCCACGCUAACUGCAGCAGCAGCAGCAGCAGCAGCAGCAGCUCCUGCAACAGGGCUGGCGCUCGUUCUAGGGCCCACGAAGCUGCUUCUCCAUCCAGGUCCUCUCCAGCCCAUGGAGCCUGCAGCAGCCGGAGUCCGAGCCCGGGUGUACGUACACCUGGGAUACAAGAAGCAGCAGCAGCAGCAGCAGCAGCAGCAGCAGCAGAAGCAGCGGGGGGGCGCCCGCAACGAGCAGCAACACGGCGGGCCCGUGCUGCAGUAUCUGCAACUCUUUCUGGAGAGCUUUCAACAGACCCGGAGGGCCCCAGCGGCUCAGAUGAGGGGGCCCCCAGGGCCCCCAAGGGGGCCCCCAAGGGGGCCCCCAAAGGGCUUUCCAAGGGGGCCCCUAAGGGGGCCCCCAAGGGGGCCCCCAGGGCCCCCAGGGGGGGCCCCAGGGCCCAGCGGGGCAGGGGUGGCCCCCCUCAUAAGGGGAGGGGGCCCCCAGGGGACAGCGGAGACAGCGAAAAAGAAAAAGAAAAAGAAACAGAAGCUGAGGACUCGGAGGCAGUAGAGAAGCAGCAAAAGCUGCCAGCGAAGAAGAAGACAGGGCGAGCAGCAGCAGCAGCAGCAGCAGCAGCAGCAGCAGGGGGGAAGAAGGGGAGCCGCAGCAGCAGCCGCGCAAAGGCUUCAGCCAAAAGAAAAGGACAAAAGAGACAAACAAAAGACAAAGGAGACACUUCGCCUUCUUCUGCGAGUUUUGUUGCUUCGGAGUCCGCCAGCAGCAGCUCCAGCUCAGUCAGCCUCGUCAGCAGCAGCAGCAGCAGCAGCAGCAGCAGCAGCGGCAGCAACGCCGGCAGCGACGCCGAAGCUUCUGACUCUGGAGGUGGCACUGACACGGGAAAAGGCAAGAAGAAAAAGAAGAAUGCAAAGCAGCAGCCCAAAAAAGACAGGAGCGCUGCUGCUGCUGCUGCUGCUGCUGGUUGGAACGAGACAGCAGCAAAGGAAUUUGCUGCAGCAGCAGAACAUCAGCAGCAAAAGUGGCGACGAGCUGCCGAUGCUGCCCGCGAAGCAGUAUAUGCAAAGAGGGCCUCUGCUGCUGCUGGACUCGUGCAGCCGUUGCUGCUGAUGGUCUUAACUCAGCAGCAGCUGCUGCUGCUGCUGCUUGUUGUCAUUCGGUGCUUCCGGGGAAACGGGGGCAUGGGUGGCUCUGAUGAAGCGGGCGAGCUGCAGCAACAGCAGCAGCAGCAGCAACAGCAGCAGCAACAGGAGCGAAGCAGCAGCAGCAGCAGCAGCUUCUGCUGCUACCGCAGCUGCCAAGGGGAAGUGCGAAGCAUUAUUGGAAGGCUACGGUGA